AUUCUUUCAUGAAACAUCGUAUUAUUCUACCUUUCUCUUUUGCAGCUAUUGUUCUUCUUUUUCAUCAUCUAAUCCAAACACAGGGACAGAGGAAUGGGGCAGUUCAUUAGUUCAAGAUUGGCGGGAGUUUGGGACAGAAUUGACCAAAAGUUGAACUAUUACAGAGUCUUUGAACAAAACUUGGUUGUCCUACAAGAGUUAUCAAGGGAUCUUGGCGUCCAAUUAGAAGAACUCGAAGAAUGUUCGAGUUCGUGUUCAGAAGAAAAGGAGGAAUGGCAGGAGAAAGUAGAUGCAUUGAUCGACGAAGUCGAAGACAUCGAAAGAUCAAUCAGAAAAUGGAAGGUUAGAUCAGUUGCAGUUUAUCUUUAUGGAAAGGUUGUUGGAGAGAAGACGAAUGAGGCCAAAGAGCUACUUGAAGAAGGGAAGUACUACUUUCCCAACAGCUUCAAGUAUUUGAUACUUGGAGGAGGAGUGGCAGCAGGAUAUGCAGCAAGGGAGUUUGUUAAACAGGGCGUGAAGGCAGGGGAGGUUGGUAUAAUUUCGGAGGAGUCGGUGGCACCUUAUGAACGUCCCGCGCUGAGCAAGGGAUAUCUGUUGCCCAAGAAUGCAGCAAGGCUGCCGCAGUUCCAUGUGUGUGUUGGGAGUGGAGGGGAGAGAUUGGAUAGGAGUUGGUAUGAGAAGAAUGGAAUAGAAUUGAUCCUUAACACAAAGAUUGUAAAAGCAGCUCUUGAGUCAAAAACUCUCACAAGUGAAGAUGGUACGAAUUUCAAGUUUGGAACUUUGAUCAUUGCCACAGGUUCAAAGGGGCUAAAACUCAGAGAUUUUGGCGUCAAAGGGGAUGAAGCCAAGAAUGUUUUGUGCUUGAGAGAUAUCAAGGAUGCUGAUCAAAUUGUAGAAGCAAUGAAAGCCAAAAAGAACGGGAAAGCAGUGGUUGUUGGAGGUGGAUACAAUGGACUUGAAGUUGGAGCAGCCUUAAGACUCAAUAAUUUGAGUGUUACAAUGGUGUAUCCUGAUCCUUGGUGCCUGCCCCGCCUAUUUACGAAAGAGAUUGCCGAAUUUUAUGAGCGAUACUACACGUCAAAAGGGAUCAGAAUCAUGAAGGGAACAAGUGUAAUCGACCUGGAAUCCGAUUCAAACAAAGAGGUAAAGAGGGUGAAGCUGAAAAAUGGAAGGGAGCUAGAAGCUGACAUUGUUAUAGUUGGAAUUGGAGCAAGACCUGCGACAGGGCUAUUCCAAGGGCAGCUUGAGUUGAACAAAGGAGGGAUCAAAACAGAUGGGUUGUUCAAAACGAGCAUGAAGGACGUGUAUGCGAUUGGGGACAUCGCUUGUUUCCCAAUGAAGAUGUACAAUGAGAUGAGACGAGUUGAACAUGUCGAUCAUGCAAGAAAAUCAGCCAUGAAAGCUGUGGAAGGCAUCAUGGGAAAGGGCAAGGGCAAGGUUGUUGAAGAAUAUGACUACCUACCGUACUUCUACUCACGCGUCUUCGACCUGUCGUGGCAGUUUUACGGGGACAACGUCGGAGAAACAACGGUGAUGUUCGGAGACAGAAAUCCGGCAGCGAAAAAGCCAAAGUUUGGGUGUUAUUGGAUCAAAGAUGGGAAACUAAUGGGAAUUUUCUUAGAAGGAGGGAGUGCUGAAGAAAACAAGGCCAUUAAGGAACUAGCAUGGCUUCAGCCAAAGGUUGGGGAUGGAAAAGAAUUGAAGGACAAUGGUGUUUCUUUUGCCUUUGAGCUUCAGGAUAUCCUAAAAAGACAAGCUGCCUAAACUACACAUCUACUUGUAUAUAUUUUUCAUUCAUUUAGCUGAUUGUUGUGUUCUAUUUCAUAAUAAUAAUGAGGCUAAAUAUGUGUUUUAGUCUCUAAUGAUGUUUGGAUA